CUGUGGAGACGCUCGUGCAUCAGGAUGUGUCGUAUCCGGUAGCGUGAGCUCGUCCCGCGGUCUAGAAGAUGCGCGCUCCCGAUAUUCCCGUGUUACCUGACGUGUAAGAUCGGACCCCUUCGAUAGCUCGUUGCGUAAGACUUUAUCCGAUACAAGGUUUGAAAGGAGAAGUUUGGUCCGAGUUUAUUGCUUCGUAACGAAGUUUCUUACCUGAUGGCCCUCAGUGUGUGUGGCCGAGGAGCUGGAGAAGAGCAUGACCCCUCUGUGGAAACAACGCCUGGAGCCUCAGCCUGCAGGACACUCGUGGAAAGUGGCAGAUCAGAGAGCUAGACUUCCUAAAUGCCCAAAUGCUGUUCCUCGGCACGUUCAACCCUCAUACACAUUUGGCUCUAAGAGCCCGAAACAUGCGGUGGGCUAUAGACACUUGGAAAGUGCUGUGAUUGGCUCAUAUGGAUGGGAGGAGGUGCAAAGAGCAAGUGGCUACCAUGGACGGCAUGCAGAAGCAAGUCCAGUGCGACCACGCAUCGUGACAGUGGUUCGGCCAUGUGGUGAGCACGACUUGCGUAAGAUCUCUCUUCUAUUAAACCGGCGGGCAGUGCUGACAUUUGAGCUGCUCAUAGCUGACGUAUCAGAAGCACUUGGUUUUCCCAGUUGGAGCAAUGGCCGUGUCCGCCGCCUCUUCAGUCCAUCUGGUCGAGAGAUUCGCAGCCUCUCAGACUUCUUCCACUUUGACCAUGCCUUUCUGGCCUUUGGGAAUAGUCGUCCAUCCCUUGGAGAAGUACAGUCUGCCCUGGAGGAAUUGUAUCCUGACAGUUCAAGCUACCGUGAACAUUUGCUGAGGUUGUGGGAGCGGAUCUUAAGGCCUAAAGCAGCCAAGGCCGAUAGUGGUUUCCAGGACGAUGACCUCCAGCUCAACAACUCUCUAAAUGUAGCCCUUGAGCCACUGGUUACUCAAAUAGCAGCCAACAAUUUGCAGCCAAUCAGAGCACAUGUUAGACAGAAGGAGAAAGGUAGGCGAGAGAGGCAGCGAGGAGAGUGGGAGCACUGGAGAGGAAACCUUAAAGCUCAGACUAAAGAUGAGAAAGGGACAGAGAGGAAAAAAGAAUCUGUUUACUGUCAGAGCUGUAGAGGGGCUGGUGCACCUAUUCCCCCAAUUGGAAACAGACAGUGUGCUAAAUCUGAGAGGUCUAAUAAUCAUAGCAAAGUUCCUCCAUCCCAGAACAGCAGGGUGGGAAAUCCAUCACAGCAGCAUCAAAAGACUGAAGUACAACCAGACAAUCCAAAUUCAGUCAAUAACUCAAAUGCCCUUCAAAGUGUCCUCAGUCCUGAGACCCAAACAGAAACACCUCCUGAGCAUGAGAAGCCCAAAGUAGAAAUAGUGGCUCAGCAAGACUGGCAGCAAAAGCUUCCACCUGACGGUGUUGAGGUUUCCCCAGAAGAAAUCGAGCACUACUAUGACAUUGGCUGCGUGGUAGGUGUAGGGAACUUUGCAGUGGUACGAGAAUGCCGCGUGCGAGGCUGCACCCAUACCUUUGCCAUGAAGAUGGUGGACAAGGCCAAGCUGCAGGGUCGUAGUCACAUGAUCCAGAAUGAGAUCGCCCUGCUGCGCAACCUGGCACACCCACGUCUGGUGCAGCUACUGUGUUCACACCACACAGACACACAUGUCUACCUUCUGAUGGAGUUGGUCACUGGUGGUGACCUGUUUGAUGCUAUUGCCCAGAGCGGGCGAUUCAGUGAGCCGUGUGCAGCCCAAAUGAUCAGAGACAUCAGCCAGGCUCUGGAGUACAUCCAUAACAAGAGCAUUGCACACAGAGACAUCAAGCCUGAAAAUCUUCUGGUCCAACGACAUGGCAAUGGAAGCGUCAAUCUGAAGCUGGCUGAUUUCGGAUUGGCCAUGGUGGUGACAGAGCCAGUGUUCACAGUUUGUGGCACACCAACUUAUGUUGCACCUGAGAUACUUGCUGAAACAGGAUAUGGUGUUGCCGUAGAUAACUGGGCAAUGGGAGUUAUACUGUUUGUACUGCUGAGUGGGUUUCCUCCAUUCCGCAGUCCAGACCGCAAUCAGGAGGAACUCUUUUGUCUCAUACAGAAGGGAGACGUCCACUUCCUGUCACCUUACUGGGACCAUGUCUCUGAAGGAGCUAAAGUUCUGAUUAGGGCUCUGUUAGAAGUGGAUCCUGCUACGAGGUUAACAGCCAGUCAAACUCUGCAGGACAGAUGGCUUCUGCAUGCAACAUCACAGAUUGACCACAAGGGGGACACAAACAGCAAUAGCAUCACAGUCAACAGCAAAGACCAACCCAAACCGGGCAGCAGAGAGGAUAAGAGCAAUCGGCCUCAACCGAACAUGUUGAGAGACCAACAGACUCUUGAAAGUCCAGUACAAAGAAGAGAGGCCAGUAAAAAUGGUCAUGUACAAGACACAUUAGCACAACAAACAGACAAACAACAAAGCAGUGCACACCUUCUGGACCUUCACAGCAAGCAGAACAGCACCCAGAAUAUACCAGAAAGGCCAACAAUAAGCAGGAACAGCAUAACGGACCAGAUAUCUUAAAACGCACAUGAAAGAUCAUCUGAUAUUAGAAAUAUGCAGGAUGCUCAGUAAGGCACGUGGAAUUUAAGACCAGAACACAAAAUUCCUCCAGAUAAGACACCUUGACUUAAAAGAGAAUUCCACCACUUUUUCUACAUUUCGAAAUUAUUCAAUCAUUGAGAUGUAAACACAGAAAUUCAGAGUUGUUUGUGGAAUUUGACUGUAGAAGUUUACAGUUGCAGUAACUUGAACCAGGAGUCACAAUGUCCAUAACACAUCUACUAGCUCAGUGUUUUCAGUGCAUGUCAGUGUUAAUCAUUUUGCUUUUCAACCAUUGAUAAACGGUUAAAAGGGCCUUUCAAAAGGAAUGAUCCUGAAGUUGGGCCCUCAACUAGUGAAGCAGCCGUCAUAUCUCAGUCAGAGAAAACCAAGAGAAACAAGCAUAGACCAAAGCAAAGGGAAUACAGCAGUGAGUAGCAUGCACUGCAAUGCAGUGAGAACACUGCCCUCUGUACUGUACACUUGGAGAAUAAAUAUGUAGCUAAACCUAUCAAAUUUGGUAAUUGCCAAACAAGAUUAGCCAUCUUCUUAGGUAAGUCAGAAAAAAAUAUAUCAGAUCAGUAAAAUCUUCAUAUGUCUCACAGACGCUUUUGUGGUCGUUUUUGAGUGGGCCAUGCAAAAGGAUGGGAACCCCUGUGCUAGCCUUCUAGCCCUUUUUGUUUGCUAUCCAAAAUGACUAGGGAACCUACAUUUGUAUUUGAGUUUUAUAUGUAAUGGUGACAAAGUUAAAAUAGCAGUAAAUUUGGGGAAAAAGCUUUCAUUGGGUACAAGUUUGAACUUUGAAGAAUAUAUUUUAGGCAAAAUCAUAUCUCAAAACUUAUAUAUCAGACAGCAUAAUCUUAACCAUUUUGUGACGUUCUGUGAGGCAGCUUUUAGAGCAUUAAACUCUUUAGACAUCUGGUUCCUGUCACCAUCACUGUGAACAAGUUUCUUUGAGCAUUUCACAACAAGCUUCUCUGAAUGAUUAUGUUUAUAUCUUAAUGAGUUAUGCAGAAAUUUGGAAAAAUCAGUAGAAUUCACCUUUGAGGACAGUACAUAAUGUAGCACUGAAUUAAUAUAGAUAUCUGAGCUCAUUUAAACAAGGUCAGAUUGUCAAGGAUAGAGUCUCAUUUAAUUGAAAUCCACCUUGCAAUUUGUUUCACUGGUGCUGUAAGUUAAGUAAGCACCAGUAUGGGAACUGUGCGCUGAUGACCAUAUCUGAUAUUUAAGAUGUGCGUAUCUAAUAAUACUAUUGUAUAAACAUUUGUAGAAUCUGGGACUAGACGCCCCAGAUUAGCAUAAUGGAGAAAUGUAAUAUGUAAUAUGUAACCAUUUGUAGUUGGUUACAAAUGCUGUAAAAUUAACAAAAUGCAGAUUUUGUAGUGCAGUAGUUCAGCGCAACCUAAACCAGAGUACAAAAAAUGUGUCACAAACAUUGGUUUGAAAUAUCAGACAAAUCUAUCCAACGCCAUUAUUAGCAUUAUAAGCAAAUAUCUGUUGAUAGUCAUAUGAUUCUGAUGAUUGUGCAUUCCUAGAAAGAGUGCAUUGAUCUAAUGUAAAACGCUAUUCAAAACAUUUCUCACUAAAACAAAUUAAUUAGUUAAAGCAGCUACUUGCUCCUUACAGUCCACUAAUAAACCAAGGCAUAUUACUUGGAAGAUGAAGAAACUACACUGUGUAGGCCUAUUCAUUGUAGAGUUGUGCUAAUAAGAGGGAAAGAGAGAAUCUGUGUAUAAAACCAUUCCUUUCAUUUCUUUUCAUGUAAACAUACAAGGAGUGAGUAGUGAGAGUACCUAGUAUAUGUAAAAGGAGCUUUUUGUUCUCACCACUGUAAGAACCCAAAAAGUGGAGGUGGGGCCUGCUCUGUGUAACCUGAGUGCCAAUGACAGUGUGGAAAGAAGGUAGCCAUUUAAGGCCCAUUAGAUGUCCAGCUGGUUAGAGUCAGUCAUUACAAUGUAUCAGUAGCCCUGUUAGUAGUCCACGUCUACGUAGAUCGAGAAUUUCUCUUUCUUUCACUUAAAUCAUUAUCAUGGCAUUGCAUAUCUGUACAUGAAGGAUAUGUUUUCAUUUAUCUGUUAUUUUUGUAUUAAUAAAGGAUCUAUCAAGA